CAUCUUUCAUUGAUAAAAAAACUUUUUCAUUUUGCCGACGCGCAUGGCUACGGCGAUGCGCGCUCAUACCAGAAACCAGAGACUUUUUUUUUUGGGCGUAAGUGCUAGUGUAAUAUCUGGAGAAUCUGAAAUAUUGAAGAAGUGGUUUGUAAGAUUAGGCCUAUAUGAAACCUUGAUCAUUGGAAAUUGACUGAAAUUGCUUAUAAUGUAAAUAUGUAUAAAUUGACUUAGGUUCAGAUUAAUACAUUGUGACUUUAUACAUGUUAUAAGCUGAAAUUUUAGUGAAGUAGAAAUGUAUGUAAACUAGUACUGAACAGUAAAUCCUGCAUUUUUGUAGAAUAAUCACAGAUUGCAUGUACCUGUAUGUAUAUCAUAAGAUACACGAUGAAAAGUAGAACCACUGUAGUGCCAUAAACAAUAUAUUCUGGUAUUGUUCUGCAAGUUCAUUUGUUCGGAUCUAGAAGUCUCUUAAAUUUUGUUCUUCACAUGUAAGAAUAUGAUUUAAUGCAAAAUUACAUUUUGAUAUGAUACUUGCAUCUCUAAUGGUAAAUGUAUAUUAUGCGAUUGUGCUAAUUAAAAUUUGCAAUUUAAGCACCUUUGAUUUGAAUUAAACUUGUCACUUUGUUUACUACAGCAUUUAAGGGGCUUAAAAUAUGUGAAGGAAGAACAAAUUAAGAAAAAUUUAAGACCAGCUGGAAUCUUUAAAGUCGGUCAUUGUGCAGAGUAUGAAAGUAAGAAAGCUUGGAUGUUCGAAAGGAAUUAUACGGUCAGCAAGAAUUAAAGUGGUUUCAUGCUCUUUUCAUUUCCAGUAACAUCAAUUUUUGUAGCCAUGGCAAGCAAGCACCCCCAAGAUGUCCGUCUGGCUCAAACUGCUGCCAAGGCUAGUAACACCUUUGCAUCUAAUCUCUUCCGAGUGUUGACUGAGGGAGGAAGCUCCAACAACAUCUUCUUUUCUCCUAUGAGCAUCUCCACUGCACUUGCUAUGACCUUCAUGGGGGCACGUGGUGAGACAGCAAGCCAGAUGAGUCAAGUACUUCACUUCAACAUGUUAGAAGAAUCUGUUCUUCACCAGUCAUUUGCUGACCUGAGUGCUCUGAUUUUCCGCGCUGAUGCUCCUUACACUCUGAAAGCUGCCAACAGAUUGUUUGGCCAUAAAGGUUUGGAUGUCCUUGCGACAUUUGUUGAUGACAGCAAGAAAUACUACGGAGCCAGUAUGGAGACACUUGAUUUCAUCGGUGAUGGGGAAGGUUCUCGUCAACACAUCAACUCAUGGGUGGAGAAGCAAACUGCAAACCGCAUCAAAGACUUACUUGCUGCAGGAUCUAUUGAUGCUUUGACUCGCUUGGUGCUGGUCAAUGCCAUCUACUUCAAAGGAGAUUGGGCUGCCAAGUUUCAAGUCUCCAACACAUCUCCUGAGAAGUUUCACAUUUCGGCAACUGAGGAUAUUGAUGUUCCCAUGAUGCAUCAGAGAGGCAAGUUCAACUUUGGGCGUGACGGUUCCGUUAGCAGUUCUAUCCUGGAGCUACCUUACAUCAAGAAGGAAGUGAGCAUGUUCAUUGUGUUACCUGAUCAAGUGGAUGGGCUGGCUGAUGUGCAGAAGAAGUUGAGUCAAGAGAAGAUCGACUACUGGGUGACAGAAGCUCGUAGUAUGCGUGACGGUCCUACCGUCAUCGUGUCUCUGCCAAAGUUUACCCUUGAGGAAGACUUUGUCUUGAAUGAUGUCUUGAGGAAGAUGGGUAUGAAUGAUCCAUUUGAUGUUGGCAAGGCUGACUUCUCAGGGAUGACAGGAGACAAAGAUCUCUCCAUAUCCAAAGUGAUCCACAAGGCUUUCUUAGACGUGAAUGAAGAAGGCAGUGAGGCAGCAGCUGCUACAGCUGUGUCUCAGUCCAGAGGUUGUGCUCGACCGAUGAAGCCUCUGGAAUUCAAGGCAGAUCACCCUUUCUUGUUGUUCAUUUAUGACAAAAAAUCAAGAGCAGUUCUGUUUGUGGGACAGCUGUGCAAACCAACACAGUAGACUUUGAUUUUCUGCAAAAAAAUAUCUUCUUUUUGGAGAAUUGGCAAUGACUGUAGCUGGUGUCUUGAGCCACUUGAAAUAAACAACAUUUAUGAUAUUUGUGUAAUGCACACACAUAACCUUUUUAGGAAUAAGGGAAGUUUCACAUGCAAAUUGUUUUAACAAAAGGAUAACAUACAUGUACAUGUAAUAUAAAGUUAAAAUAACCACUUGUUCUCUAACUGCUAUGAAAAGCAUAUAAUAUAGGUGGGAUAUUUUUUUCAUGUUGAAUUUAUAAAGAAAUGUUGGUUUGUUGCUAGGGGUAGGCAGUGAAACAAAAAGUGUACCAUAGAAGCUUGAGAUGAAUGUAACAUAAAAUUAUUCAAAGAUUCUACAUUAAUACCAAACAGUUAUUAAUGUUUACAAUCAGGACAUAUUUGAAUCGAGACUGACAGAUUAAUGUAGAUGCAACCGGCUUUUAUAUCAGUGUUACACGUGUAAUGGAGUUAUACGGUGCAUACAGAAAGUUAGAAAAGUUAUGGAUUCUUUGUAAUAAAAUCAAAAACAUAAACAUCUGCAAUUUGAACACAUUUGAAGCACAUUGGUUCCCUCAAACAUUGUCAUAGGCCACUCCCCCAACUCCAUCAAAAUUCAUCUC